UCAAAACGCACAAUUCUAAAGACUUGACCAAACAAACUAGCAUGUCUGAUUUUGUAAUAUCCUUCAAAAACUCCAGCAGUUUUGAAAAAGAAGAUAGUUCUGACGAAAUAUUUGACGAGUCAGAUACAGAAUCUGAUGAAGAAAAUGCGGUUUGCAAGUUGCUUUCGAGCGAAGAGUUUGAGAAUUGCUCAAGAGUGAAUUUGAAAUGGGCUACUUUGUAUAUCCAGAUGACUUACUGCCAACAGACUUUGAAGCAAUGGUUGGACAAGAGGAACCACUUAUUGGUGGGGACAAGGAAGAAUUCCGAAGACUUCUCCACUGAUAGUUUGGACUGUCAUUACUCUCCGGACAUAAACUAUCCAGUUUCUUGGACACAUAUUGACAAGAUCAUGGAUAUGUUCACACAGUUGGUGCGUGGUUUGAACUACAUCCACUCUCGGGGAGUGAUCCACCAUGAUGUGAAGCCCAGUAAUGUGUUUGUGGAGAAGAGUGACAGUGAAGUGAGGGUGUUGCUCGGGGAUUUUGGGCUGGCGUGUCCGCUGCAGCAGUCCCACAGGGGCGUGGCUUUGGGGACGCAGUUCUACGCGGCCCCUGAACAGCUUGAUGGCCAGUGCAAUCCAAAGAGCGACAUGUACAGCCUCGGAAUCAUACUCCUCGAGAUGGUCCAACCCUUCAGCACAGACAUGGAGCGGGUGAAGACCAUAGAGGCACUCCGGAAAGGUCAGAUACCAGCUAACCUCACUGCCAACUACCCGAAGAUAGCCCACAUCAUCGGCAAACUGGUCCAGAGGCGACCAAGCAAGAGACUUGACACGAAUCAAUUGUUGGACGAAUUGCAGCUUCUCUCGGUGAAUAAGGAUGACACGAUCAAGGUGUUGAGAGAUGAGCUGGCUGCGAAGGAUGAAGAAAUAGCACAUCUGAAGAUGAUGUUAGCUAAGUGUAAUAUUAAUUCUUGAAUUUGUGGUUUUGGCAACAAAUAUCUAGUGUUGUACUGAAUUAGUAUAUCAUAAUAAUAGUAUCUUUUCUUUCCUUGAAAUAGUAAUGGUUGGAUGGAACAAAUGGGUUUGGUUAUAAAAUCGAAUGUAAAAAUGUAACAAAGUGUUGAAGCAUAAAUUUUAAGAUGAAUGUUAUAGAAAUUAGCCUUUGAUAUUUUAUUCUCUAUGGGAGACAAGUAUUGAUAUUCGUGAUUUAAAAUUAUCAAAUCGUUGAAUGUGCAUACAGUUAUGAAUAAAUCAGGCGGAAGGUUUGCUGAAGUUCAGUAAUAUCACCAUUGCAAUGAUUUUUUUUGUGGUUAUUCCAUAAUUUUAUACAAAUAAAAGAUAUUUUGAAAUGUAUCAAAAAUAUCAGGCAUUAGAGUUAUUUGUCGUCGAAAUGUGUAGGCAAUGGACGAUUGAAGAAUGUAUGAGAUUGUUGCAUUGUUUUGUGUACAUCUGCCUCAUAGCGCUACAAUGUUGUGUAAACGAACGGUUUCUUAUGAAAUAACACCACUCCAUUGUGUAUUUCCCUACUUAUUAGUCGAAGUAUAUACUUGUACUGUUUUUUUUUUCCAUAAUUAUUGAAUUUCGCCUCGUGUAUUAAUAAUUGCCUACUUACCAGUGUAUUUUUUUCAAAUUCAAAAUUCUUUAUUCAAUUAGGAUGAUAUACACAUGGAAUUAGUAGGUACUGUUAUACGAAGUACUUAUUAAAUCCGUGGAUAUACAUCACUUAUUGACAAAAAUAAACUUAACCUUACAUACUUACUCAUAAUUACAGUGAUAAUUCUUAGAGCCUGCUUUAUCACUAUCUGAUAAAUCGUAAGCUCGUAAUCUAACAGAUGAACUAACUUCUAGAUAAAUCUGCCGGAUGUGAUUGGCCAGUUAGCCCUAUCCAAUCCAACAUUUGUGUUUGUUAUGUUAUAUCUAACAUAUAUUUUAUCAGCAAGCUGUGAAACAGGUCCUUAGUGUUUUGAUUAUACACUGUGUUCAUUACGGACUUAUAGAUUGAAAUAAAAUAUUUUGAGUUAAAAAUUAGAUAAGUAUAUUCUUGGUUUUUAACACGAAUUGGUAGAUUGACAUGAAUACAAUAAUGAAAAACUAGAUUAGUAGUGCGCGCGCAGGAAUCAGUGUUUAAUAGCCAUUGGCUGCAAGCGAGGUGUCGCGGGCGGGAUUUGGGGGUUAUUUAAAUUUAAAUUAAUGUUUUUAUCUUUUUAUAUCAAUAAUAUAACCACAUUGAGGUGUCGUAGAAUGGAAUUAUGAUAACUUUUAUACUGCUAAAGUACUAAAUUCAGUUGAUGUCAUAAGAAUUAAUUAAAAUUUUAAUAGUAUUGCAAUGAUUCUUGAUUGACUGAGUUUAUCUUGAAAUGUAUUUGUAAAUUAACGCUUUGAAGGUAGUUGUAAUUUAUGGUUGUAAUAUUGUCGAGUGAGUAUUUAUUAAUUACAAUCGUCCAUUAGCAAUUUCAUGUACUUACAACUGAAUUUGCAUGCUUGUGUGAGUGAUACAAUAAAAUAUGUUUUUU